AUGGCGCAACUUCCGGAGUCGCUGCAGCUGGAGAUGUUCCCAGGCAUCUACGGCAAUGACUUUCGGCAUUUGCUGCCAGACCUGUCAGCCUUGGAAGCUGCCAUGGGCUGCCGCCUGUACCACCAGUGGCCCAUUUGCGAUGUGGAGGAUGUUGUCCGAAUGAAGCCGGAGCUGGCGGAAUUGCCGGACUGGAAGGCCUGGGAGACCUACAUCUCCUGGCACCGAUGCUGGAUAUCUGACCGAGCCAGCAACUACAUUGACUUCUACAACAGACACUUGAAACUGGGCGAGGUCGCUGCCUGUCUCGGCCACUUCCGGCUCUGGCAGAAGGCCGUAGAGGAAGACUUGGAGCUGUGCGUUGUCUUUGAGGAUGAUGCCAGGCCAAGCCGGUCUGGGCUGGAAAAAUUCCUGUCUGAGCUGGCAAAGCUGGAUGCCAUGGAGUUUCAGUGGGAUUUGAUCUACUUGCACUCAGCCCUGUACUCCAAGGCUCAGGAGCCAGAAGUUCCGGGCUGCGAGCUAUUGUUGGCUGGUCACCGCAAGUGGGCAGGUGCCUACGCACUUUCCUCUCGUGGGUUGAAGAAGCUGGUGGCCAGCGGGUACGAUCAAUGUAUCUUUCCAGUGGACGACUUUCUUCCAGCCCUUCAUUCUUUCCACCCACGCCCAGACAUCCGGGACUUGCCCUGCGUGGGGGCUCUCAGAAACAUGGUGAAUCCAAAGACAUGGGUUUCUUCCAAAGGGCAACCAUCCGGUAUAGCUCCAGGCUCUGUGAGCAAAUUCUCCACGGUGCUCUUGGGGGACUUGGGGGCCACCAUGGGCGACUCGGAGGAUGAGUGCGAAGCGCAGCCACUGGAGGCCUUCGAGGCAUUCGGGGCCGUUCGGCUUGCACGGACUCGCGCGAACCGAACCGUCGGAGGGGUCGCGAGUCUUGAGGACCCAGCUGCUUUCGAGGCCUUCGAUCAGGCGCAGGUUUGGUUCCCAGCUCCCGGUGCGUGUCCAGGUUUGGAGUUGCGUGCGAUUGAAGGUCUGGCUGCAGAACUGCCCUUGGCAGAUGUCGGGUACACUCGCCAGACCGCCAGAGAGCACUUUCACGUGAUCCUGGGGGCAUCGGACCAACAGGAGCCUCUCGUGUUUGUCCAAGGGCCAAGCCAACAGGCACCCUUUGUGUAUGAACAGCUGUGUCGACAGUUGCUCCGCGCGCUGCCCAACGGCCCCGUGAUGGACGAAGCCUGGGAGCGGGAGACGAUGCGCACCAAAGACGCCUCCGUCUUCGACGCCUUUAGCUACUUCCCAAGGACAGGAAAUCAAUCUGGGCCGGGUACAAUACAUGCGAAGUGA